AUGAAGACUGCUCCUCCCACGGCAGCUCCUAAGAUUACAUUUGCAGGUCGUUGCUGCGGGGAGGCUUCUGCUGCAAUCCAAGUGCCAAUGGCAGGUGCAGCAGCAUCUCCCGCAGCAGCAGCCGAAGCGCUGAAGACUACCCAAGAGAGAACAAGUCUCUGGCUCGCUGCUGAACUUGAACUGCUGCAACGGCUGCUCUACAAGAUCCACGCACAACAUCGCAAGGCGCACUUUUUCGUGAAGUCUCGUGGUGUAUUGGCAGCUGCAGCACGCCUGUUGCGUCUGUUGCUGCUGAGCUGCUCAGUGUCUGAUUCGCAGCAGCAGCAGCAGCUGAUUAAACAGACGCGUCCGUUGCUGACGCAUGAGCAGCCGUAUUUGUUGCCUGAGCAGCAGCUCGAGUUUCACCAGGCAGAGGCGAGUACUGGCCUUGCCUUUCCUCGGCAGCAGCAUGCGCUUGGAUUGUGGGGUACCUUGAAGCAACUGCUUGCUGCUGCGUUUGAUAUUCAACAGUCUGUGCAGCAUGCUGCAGCGGCUGCCUCGCAGCUCCUGCAUCUUGGAUAUCAUGUGGGAGUUGUGCUUCCACUUCUCGCCGUCUACGGACGACUUGCGGCUCUCGGCCUUUCGCUUUCUGUGGCGAUCGAGCAGCAGCUGCAGCAGCAAGCGGAGCAGUUGCAGUCUGCGAAUGAUGCUGCUGCUGUGGACGUGCUACUACACUGGUCUGAGUCGUGCAGAUCAGCAUGCGAUGGCAGAGGAGUUUCGGCAACCAGGCCCUUGCCAGCAGCAGCGGCAGCCUUCGCGGCAGCGAGGGGGGGAGGCCUUCUUGUCAGGAACGCUUCUAUUAUUUGCCUGUCUGAGACGUCUGCAGCGGCAGGAGCAGCUCUUGCCAGUGGCAGCAGCGGCAGCAGCUCCCUGCCGAGGCAGUUUGUCGCUUACGCUGUGUCUGCAACUCCCCGUCUGCUCGCGCGCAGCAUAACGGAAGAGGCAGUGGCGAGGGAGUGGGCUGCAGCAGCUCGCGGGGACGAUCGAUCCGAAGGCGCUUUGGAGACAGCCGCAAGUGGGGAGACGCUGGAGACAGCAGAAGAGGGGUGGCUCUGUGUGGGAAGAGGCCUCUGCGGGCAGCAGUUAUUUACUCAAGGGGCCGAAGAAGAAGGGGACGAAGAAGAAGGGGAAGAAGAAGAGCCGUCUGGUGAUUUCUUUGGCAGUGGGUGGGAAGGCGUCGCGCUGUUGCCGCCGGGCUCGAGGGGAUCGACCUCUUGA